AUAGUGGGGCGCUUGGCCGGUUCUGGUACCAGUACUGGAGAAACAUCUUACGCUACUGUUCAGAAUAUCCACUUACCCACUCUGCGAUGCAGUGUGGUUUCGUUCGCGGACACAGUUGAGACAAGGAUUUUCGAAAGAAUCUGCUACAUUAAGAUAUCGAAGGAUCGAAUUCCCUCGUAAUUCGAUAUAGAAAAACGCGAGUGAAGUUUUAUAAUAGAUCGUUUGUUUUACAAGUGCGUGAAAAAAUCACUAGAAGCAAUGAAAGUCUCAUUAAGUUUGUUUUUUUUUCUCUUGAAAUUGUUCGGUCGUAUCGAAGGUUCUAAUCUGGAGGUGGCUUAUCAAUGGAAGUACCUGGACUGGGUUUAUCCGGCCGUUCAUUUGACCGGAAGAAAUUUUACUCUCGGCAACCCAUUUACUCAAGACGUUGACGUCGAUAGAUAUGGACGAAUAUUUGUCACAAGUCCACAAUGGUUACACGGUACUCCGAUCGUUCUUUCUGUGCUGAGCAAUUUAACUGGCCCAGGUGGCCCUUUGUUAAUUCCUUAUCCUAACUGGAAAUGGCACACGGCGGUGUCCGGUUGCGACAGCAUUAUAUCUGUAUAUAGACUGGCGAUAGACGAGUGCAAUCGAUUAUGGGUCGUGGAUACUGGAAGGAUAGGAAGAAAUGCCGUCUGUCCUACGAAGAUCCUGAUAUUUGAUUUAGAUAAAGAUGAAUUGAUCCACAGAUACAUAAUACCCGCUGAUCAGGUAUUGUAUGGGAAGGCAGCCUUAGUCACACCAAUCGUGGACAUUGGUAAGGCGUGCUUUGACGCGUACCUCUACGUUGCCGAUGUUGAUCAGAACGGCAUUUUCGUGUAUGAUCUUUACAAAAAUAAUUCUUGGCGACUUUCGAACACGGCCGGCAAUGCAUUUGGUCCGGACGAGGAUGCCAUGAACAUCACGAUUGCCGGGGAGUGGUUCAAUCUGACCGACGGAACCCUUGGUAUGUCGCUCUCGCCAGUCGGAUUUUACGAUCACAGAUAUCUGUAUUUCAACUCGCUCGCUAGUUAUUACCAGAAAUUCAUGGACACACUGUCGCUGAAGGAAAGCGAAUUUCGCGAGCCUGUUAUAUUUCAUUCAAAUUACAAGCGAGCUAGCCAGGCCGGCGUACAGGCGACUUCCCGACGAGGUGUUAUAUUUUUUCAACUCGUCCAAUUAACGGCUAUCGCUUGUUGGGACAUAGAGAAACCGUUCGCUCCUGAGAAUAUCGUUAUAAUUUCUCAAGACGAGGAAACUUUACAGUACGUUAGCGGAAUUAAAGUGAUCACGAACAAGUACGGCGAAGAGGAGCUGUGGUUCAACACGAACAGACUGCAAAAAACGAUCAACAAGACGUUGAAGCCGACAGAAACGAACUUUCGUUUAAUCAGAGGCAAAGUAGACGAUAUAAUCAGGGGCACCAGAUGUGAACCAUCGCCAUUGAGACAUAAAGAACCUAAUAUGACAUUUUGGCAUCAAAUAUAACGUUAUAUAAAAAUAUAUGUUCCCUUUUUUAAUGUAAUAUCGAAUUUACUUCAAAUAAAGGAUCGAGCACGUCUCUUAAAUUCUUCAGGAAA